GUGGGUGGGUGGGUGCUCGGCCGUACUCGUUCGGUUCUCCGCCGAAGCAUCCAUGUCCAACACGGCUGAUGCUUCUUCUGCUAUCCACGCGUCAAUCGAUCAUUGGUCUAUCAAUCUGACAAGGUUUAUCCAGCUUCGUCGUCAUCUUCGUUGUUGUUGCUUGGAUUCAAAGUCGAAUUUCCAUCUGGGUGAAAAAGCUACGAUCUUUUCAGUCAUCACACUGUUUUAUUGCUCUAUGAGUAACAGUGAGAAGAACAACAUCAAGAAAUCUAAAGAAGAAGGGUCAUUCGAUAGUAGUAAUAGUAAUCAUAACAGCAAUAAUAAAUCCGGAACUGUUAAAUCGGGAUCAGGUUGCUCAAAAUCAGUUUGUUCAAAUGGGUCAAUUACAAAUUCAGAUUGCACGAUUGAUGAAAGGGUGCUUGUUGAUCCAAAGCUCUUAUUCAUUGGAGCCAAAAUUGGAGAAGGAGCCCAUGGAAAGGUUUACGAAGGAAGGUAUGGUGAUCGAAUUGUGGCUAUAAAGGUUCUCAACCGUGGGAGUAACACAGAAGAACGAGCUGCACUUGAAGGCCGUUUUGCACGUGAAGUUACUAUGAUGUCAAGAGUGAAACACGACAACCUAGUUAAAUUUAUCGGAGCUUGUAAGGAACCUUUAAUGGUGAUUGUCUCUGAGUUGUUACCCGGAAUGUCACUUAGAAAAUAUUUGGGAAGCAUCCGUCCAAAUCAAUUAGACCUUCGUUUGGCUUUGAGUUUUGCUCUUGAUAUUGCUCGAGCCAUGGAUUGUUUGCAUGCUAAUGGGAUUAUACACAGAGAUUUAAAACCCGACAAUUUGCUGUUAACUGCAAAUCAGAAGUCUGUGAAGCUUGCAGAUUUUGGUCUUGCAAGAGAAGAAACGGUUACUGAAAUGAUGACAGCAGAGACUGGUACUUACCGUUGGAUGGCACCUGAGUUGUAUAGCACAGUGACAUUGCGUCAAGGGGAGAAGAAGCAUUACAAUAAUAAAGUUGAUGUUUACAGCUUUGGAAUUGUGUUGUGGGAAUUAGUCACAAACCGAAUGCCAUUUGAAGGCAUGUCAAAUUUGCAAGCUGCUUAUGCUGCUGCUUUUAAGCAAGAAAGGCCGAAUCUUACGGAUGACAUAUCACCUGAACUUGCGUUCAUCAUACAAGCAUGUUGGGUUGAAGAUCCAAAUCUAAGACCAAGUUUUGACCAAAUCAUACGAAUGCUCAACACGUUUCUCUUCACCCUCCCACAACCACCAUCCGCCGCGUCACCGGAAGAAUGUGAUGCCGCUGAUGACGUGGCGGCGGCGGCAGCAAGUAAUGGCGAGCUUUCGGCACGCUCAAGACGCAAGUUUUCUUUUCUUCGUCAGAUUUUUGCUGCCAAAAAAACCAAGAACUCACAAUGAGUCACCAUUAAGAUCUUCAUUUGACUCAACAGAUGCUUGAUCUUUGAGUGAAGUGUAUGUAAGCCCUAAUUAUCAAAUAGAUGAAACAAAAAAGAUUAUGUGGUAAUAGGGCGAAUAGGUACAAUGGAAGUGUCUUAGUGGACAUUGGUUGUAAAUGAGGCACAUAAAAACUCUAGAUUUUUUUUUUACUUAUGUUAAUAUGAAUGCUGCUGUAGUUUAGCUUUGAAAAAGGCUUUGCCCUUUUGACGUGAUUGUUGGAUUGAGGGUGUUGUACAACUUUUGAUGCAUGAGGUACAUGUUACCUUGUGGUUUGGUGGUCUUGCUCAAGUAAAAGGAACUAACAUAUGGAGAACUUAUGCUAUAUUUUUGUACCAAUCCUCUUAAGGGUGAUUUGAAUGUGUUGGCUUUUAAGUUACAAUAAUGGAGUUUUUAGUAUUAUGGCUACUUGUAUUUCUUGGUUAUGUAUAUCAUUAGAAUGGGUUAUUCGAUUUUUGAUUAUGUAAAUCUUAUAUAAACUUUCAAGAAAGGAUUAAUUACAUGAAUAUUGUACUUCAUUAAGGAUGGU